GGAUGAAGGCUGUGCGUGUAUUCAUUCAGCGGUUUGGCAGGAAGGUGAGCGGAGCGCUCGGCUGAUCUUUGUACGGUGUACUUAUGGCUUCAGGCGCUAUAAAGCUUCUUUCACCGUGGCGAGUUCUCAGGUUUGCCAGGAUCCCUAGCGUUCAGCUGCACACCACUGGAGCAUCGAUGGGGGCAUCAGUGGAGGACUUUAAUCGUGCCAAGGAUCAACUGGGUACACUGAAGAAGGACCCAGGCAAUGAGGUCAAACUCAAGAUCUAUGCCCUCUUUAAACAGGCCACACAGGGGCCCUGUAACACCCCUAAACCAGGAAUGCUGGACUUUGUGAAUAAAGCGAAGUGGGAUGCCUGGAAGUCUUUGGGAUCUGUGUCACAGGAGGACGCCCGGCAGCAGUAUGUUGACCUCAUCUCGUCCCUGCUGGCUGCUGAAGGCCCUGCUGUUGCUGCGCCACCCACAGGAGGUGCAAAGGCUUUUGAAACACUGAUAGUCACCACAGAAGAUGGCAUCACUACCAUUCGACUCAACCGACCACAGAAGAAAAAUGCCAUCACUGUGGAGAUGUAUAGUGAACUGAUAGACGCUCUGGAUCUUGCUGGAAAAGACAACUCUGUCAUUACAGUCUUCACAGGCAGUGGUGACUACUACUGCAGUGGCAAUGACCUGAACAACUUCACUAAAAUCCCAGAGGGUGGUGUUGACAAGAUGGCCAAGGAUGCUGGGGAUUUACUCCUGAGGUAUGUGAAAUCAUACAUUGACUUCCCGAAACCUCUGAUCGCUGUUGUAAACGGGCCAGCUGUGGGCAUCUCUGUCACUCUACUUGGACUUUUUGAUGUUGUCUAUGCCACAGAAAGGGCAACAUUUCACACCCCCUUCAGCCAGCUGGGACAGAGUCCUGAGGGCUGUUCCUCCUACACCUUCCCUAGAAUUAUGGGUCCUGCAAAGGCCAGUGAAGUGCUGCUGUUCAAUAAGAAGCUGACCGCCACAAAGGCGUAUGAACUGGGACUAGUGACUGAAGUCUUUCCUGACAGCAGCUUUCAGUCAGAGGUCUGGACCAGACUUAAGGCCUAUGCCAAACUGCCCCCAAAUUCUCUAGCUCUGUCCAAGCAGCUCAUCCGAGGGGUAGACAAGGACAAACUCCAUGCUGUGAAUGUGACCGAAGUGGAGAGGCUGAAAGAGCGCUGGGUGUCCGAUGAGUGCAUGCAGGCUAUCAUGAGCUUCUUCCAGGCCAAGUCCAAACUGUGAAGAAGAAAAUUUUAGAGGCAGGUCAUGGGCUGAUUUCCAUCAUCAUGUGAUGGUAUUUCAGAUAAAUGCAAAAAAUAAACAUCAUGUUUAAGGUGAGGUAAGAUGCUCUUGAUGUCUUUAGAUCAAAGUGGUACCUAAAUGCAAUUAGUCUAAUACUGAAAUUAAACUUGUGGCUGCUUUAGAUAGGAAAACGCACACAUUUUUGUUUAAUUUAUCCUCUUGAAAAGCACAACUUUUUUUAGCACUUAAACACAACAUUUUAGAGCGACAUGUGUUGUAUCUGGACUGUUGUGUUUGGAGAUGUACUACAGUUUUUGCCUAUGUGGAUUUAAAAAGGUUCCAUCAAGUGCCUACUAGCACAGUCCAUAUGGUCUUUGUUCAACUUUGCUUUCUUGCAUUUGAUCUGAAACUGCCUUUGAGUUUUAGAACAAUGUGUGUGAUUUAUAACUUGAAAAGAUUUUUCACCCAGUAAUGAAUGGUUAUGAGUGGGAGGCAGCCGGCAAUGAUCCUGUAUGAAUAACGGUACUUGGCCUUUGCUUGCUUAUUGUUAUUUAUUGGUGGUUUUGGCUGAAAUGCUCUCUUAAGCUGGACAGUUCACUCAUAAAAGCAUUUUACAGUAAAGGAUUUCAAUCUCACCAUUGUAUUAGCUCGUUGUCAUGGUUUGUUGUUCUCAUAUAAAAUGAUCAGUGCCUUACUAAAUGUCUACCAGGACCACUCAAAAGGGGAUAACUCAGUCAACUGUGGAACAGAAACAUUCGUAAAUUACACAAAAUAUACCCAUAAUAUACACAUAAUAUAAAAAGUUAAUGUGGUCUUCCUGUAAAUAGCACUUUUGCUAUGUUGCAACGUACUACGAGAAUUACAUACAACACAUGUAAGACCUAAUGAUUGAUGUUUUGUUUUUAUUUGAUAUUAAUGCCAUUUAUUGUGACAGUAAUAACAUUUUAUAUUAAUUAUUUUGGCCAGUGCAAAAUGCUGAUAAUGCUAUUUUCAGUUCACCAUUUACCAUAAGGUAGAAUUUUGCUUGUGUUCUACUGUCAUGAAUUAUUGUAAGUAAUAAAAUAAGAAGUCCUGUCAUUUUGAUGUGGGUGAUGCAGCAUUAUUGUUUGUAAUAAGAAUAAAAAUCAUCAAACCUAUGUCCACUGCAGCAUGAACUAAAAAUAAAUAGCAUUACAAUGAAAAA